AUGCGUAUUCCCGUAGAUCCCAGCACCAGCCGGAGGUUCAGCCCCCCCUCCAGCAGCCUGCAGCCCGGCAAGAUGAGCGAAGUCAGCCCGGUCGUAGUAGCCCAACAGCAGCAGCAGCAGCAGCAGCAACAGCAGCAGCAGCAAGAAGCAGCGGCGGCCGCCGCCGUGCCCAGGCUGCGCCCCCACGAUAACCGCACCAUGGUGGAGAUCAUCGCUGACCACCCCGCCGAGCUGGUCCGCACCGACAGCCCCAACUUCCUCUGCUCCGUCCUGCCCUCGCACUGGCGCUGCAACAAGACCCUCCCGGUGGCAUUCAAGGUGGUGGCCUUAGGAGAAGUGCCUGAUGGGACGGUGGUCACCGUCAUGGCUGGAAACGAUGAGAACUACUCUGCAGAGCUGCGAAACGCUUCCGCCGUGAUGAAGAACCAGGUGGCCAGAUUUAAUGAUUUACGAUUUGUGGGCAGAAGUGGAAGAGGGAAGAGCUUUACUUUGACAAUAACUGUCCUGACAAAUCCCCCCCAAGUCGCUACAUACCACAGGGCUAUAAAGGUUACAGUGGAUGGGCCAAGGGAGCCAAGAAGGCACAGACAGAAGCUUGAUGACUCUAAACCUAGUUUGUUCUCUGAACGCCUCAGUGAUUUAGGGCGCAUUCCUCAUCCCAGUAUGAGAGUAGGGGUCCCGACCCAGAGCCCACGGCCCUCUCUGAACUCUGCACCAAGUCCUUUUAAUCCACAAGGACAGAGUCAGAUUACAGACCCCAGGCAGGCGCAGUCAUCCCCGCCGUGGUCCUACGACCAGUCUUACCCAUCCUACUUGAGCCAGAUGACUUCACCGUCCAUUCACUCCACAACUCCCCUGUCCUCCACUCGAGGCACAGGACUUCCAGCCAUCACCGAUGUGCCCAGACGCCUCUCAGACUCCGACCCUUGCACGCCUGAUGCUCCACCUGCUGCCACUUCACCACCAACCUCUGAAGAACCUGGACCUUUCACAGCUCCAGCAUCACCCUCCUCUUCCUCUGACGCUGGUACUGCAUCAUUUUCACCACCAUUACCUGCCUGUGUUGCAGCCUUACAUCCCAAACCACCUCCUAUUUCACCAUCAACAUCUGCUUCUGCUGCCACUGUUCACCCUGGACUCCCUUCUCUUCCUGCACCACCCACCUCUACUCCAUCCCUGCACCCUGGACUUUAUUUGCCCAUAGUUCCACCAGGCAGUGCCACCCACCUCAUCAACUGGCUGCCCUUCCUCGCUUCUGCAACGCUGGCCACCAUUCAAGGGAAGGAGGAAGACCUGCCACCUGUAAGAACGAGCUCCCUGGAAGGCAUGAAGUGUUGCAGCAGCACACCCCCACACUCCUCCCAUGACGGAAAUCCCCAGGGGGAACCCAUGGGAGACAGGGCUCCGGGGGCUCCUUCCUCACCGCUGGCUGCCCACGCCAUGCCCCCAAGCUCCGAGCAGGCGUCGGGGAAUGUAAGCGACAUCCUGGCAGAGCUGCGGACCAUGAACAGCCAUCUCUCUGUCAUCGCCCGAGCCCUGACGCAACUGGCAUCGACGCUGGCACCGCAGCAGGAUGCGCGUGGCACCCCACCUCCUUAGCACCAGGCUCUGGACCAUCGCACCCUGCUCACAGGGGCUGGCGUUGGCCGGGGACGGCCCAUGGUGGAGGUAGGGUGAA